GCUCUAUUUCAGCCGCUCGCCCUCCGCAGCGCCCAGCUCGCUAGGCCCGACCGCAUUAUGUGGCGCCUGCCCCGCCGGCUGUGCUUUCACGUUGUGCGGAAGAACCAUUUCUCCGCGCCUUGGGACCGGCCUGCCGCCUUCAUGUCCUCUCUGCUCAUCAAUCAGCCCCAGUACGCUUGGCUGAAGGAGCUGGGGCUCCGUGAGGAGAACGAGGGCGUGUACAAUGGAAGCUGGGGAGGCCGGGGAGAGGUUAUCACAACCUAUUGCCCUGCUAACAAUGAACCAAUAGCAAGAGUCCGACAGGCUAGCAUGGCUGACUAUGAAGAAACUAUGAAGAAAGCAAGAGAAGCUUGGAAAAUCUGGGCAGAUAUUCCUGCUCCAAAGAGAGGAGAAGUAGUGAGGCAGAUUGGUGAUGCCUUGCGGGAAAAGAUCCAAGUACUUGGAAGCCUGGUAUCUUUGGAGAUGGGGAAAAUCUUAGUGGAAGGUGUGGGAGAAGUUCAAGAGUACGUGGACAUUUGUGAUUAUGCUGUCGGCUUGUCGCGGAUGAUUGGGGGGCCCAUGUUACCUUCUGAAAGACCUGGCCAUGCACUCAUUGAACAGUGGAAUCCCGUAGGCUUGGUUGGUAUUAUCACUGCGUUCAACUUCCCUGUGGCGGUGUAUGGCUGGAACAACGCCAUCGCCAUGAUCUGUGGCAAUGUCUGCCUUUGGAAAGGAGCUCCAACAACUUCCCUUAUAAGUGUAGCUGUCACAAAGAUAAUUGCCAAGGUUCUGGAGGACAACAAGCUGCCUGGUGCAAUUUGUUCCUUGACUUGUGGUGGAGCAGAUAUUGGCAUUGCUAUGGCCAAAGAUGAGAGAGUGAACCUCCUGUCAUUCACUGGAAGCACUCACGUGGGAAAAAAGGUGGCCCUUAUGGUGCAAGAGAGGUUUGGGAGAAGUUUGUUAGAACUUGGAGGAAACAAUGCCAUCAUUGCGUUUGAGGAUGCAGACCUCAGCUUAGUCGUUCCAUCAGCUCUCUUCGCAGCCGUGGGGACAGCUGGCCAGAGGUGUACCACUGCAAGGCGACUGUUUUUACAUGAAAGCAUCCAUGAUGAUGUUGUAAAUAGACUUCAAAAGGCCUAUGCACAGAUUCGUGUCGGGAACCCAUGGGAUUCCAAUGUUCUGUACGGACCACUCCACACCAAACAGGCAGUGAGCAUGUUUCUUGGAGCAGUGGAAGAAGCAAAGAAAGAAGGUGGCACAGUGGUCUAUGGUGGCAAGGCUAUGGAUCGCCCCGGGAAUUAUGUUGAACCAACAAUUGUGACAGGUCUUGCCCACAACGCCACCAUUGCACACACAGAGACUUUUGCUCCAAUUCUUUAUGUCUUUAAAUUUAAGAAUGAAGAAGAGGUCUUUGCAUGGAAUAAUGAAGUUAAACAAGGACUUUCAAGUAGCAUCUUCACCAAGGAUUUGGGCAGAAUCUUCCGCUGGCUUGGACCAAAAGGAUCAGACUGUGGCAUUGUAAAUGUCAACAUUCCAACAAGUGGAGCUGAGAUUGGAGGUGCCUUUGGAGGAGAGAAGCACACUGGUGGAGGCAGGGAGUCUGGUAGCGAUGCCUGGAAACAGUACAUGAGGAGAUCCACUUGUACCAUCAACUACAGUAAGGAUCUUCCUCUGGCUCAAGGAAUCAAGUUUCAGUAAAAGUGCCUUAAAUAGACAUUACUUCAUGACAUUAGACAUUCCUUUUGUAGCUCUUUUUUUCAUAAGAAGACAAAAGAAAAUUAAUAUUUGAUCUGAAUAAAUGCAUCAUCAUGUUGAAUAUGACAAUGACUAAUUCAUUAUGUCCUGGAAAUCCUGACUAAAUCAAGAGACUCAUUUAAAAAUAAGUUAAAAAUAAAAUUGCUGUGAUAUAGUUAUA